AUGGAUUCGUCAAGUCUGUUCAACGUGCAGGGCAAAGUCGUGCUGGUCACUGGCGGCGCCAAAGGCAUCGGGCGCAUGAUCUCGGAGGGCUUCGUGACCAACGGUGCGACGGUGUACAUAUCCUCGCGCGACGCCAAAGCCUGUGACCAGGCGGUGCAGGAGCUCAAUGCCCUGGGCAAGGGUAAAGCACACGCCAUCCCCGCCGAUUUCUACAAGUACGAGGACGUGAAGAAGUUGGCCGAGGAGCUGGGCAAGCGCGAGAGCAAACUGCACGUGCUUGUGAAUAACUCCGGCUCCAACUGGGGCGCUCCAUAUGAUGAGUAUCCCUCUAGUGCUUUCACUCGCGUGCUCACCCUCAACCUGCACCGCGUCUUCGACCUGACCCAGCUGGUGACACCCCUGUUGGAAAAGGCGUCCGCGCCUACCGACCCGGCGCGCAUCAUCAACAUCGGCAGCAUUGACGGGCUGCGCGUGCCCUCGCUCGAGACCUUCGCCUACAGCUCCAGCAAGGCUGGCUUGCACCACCUCAGCCGGACGCUGGCAAACCACCUGGGGAAGCGUAACAUCACGUCGAACACCCUGGCCUGUGGGCCCUUUGAAAGCAAAAUGAUGGCCGCCACGCUCAAGACGUUCGGCGAGUCGAUCAAGGCGGGUGUUCCGCUGGGGCGGAUUGGGACGCCGCAGGAUGUGGCGGGUGCGUGUCUGUUCCUGAGCAGUCGCGCUGGAGCGUAUGUGAAUGGCGCGACGAUUACGGUGGAUGGUGGGAGUGCCAUUGCGGCCAAGAUCUAG